AUGAGUGAGCUGGUCUUUUACAGGUUCUUGUGUGCAGAGUUGUCGACGGGAGCUCCGACCAGCCGUCUGCGUGGGUUUCUUCAAGCAGUGACUUUUUGCAGACAUGUCAUGGAUGUGGUAGAGCUGCAGCCCAUCAUGGACAGCAGAAGAUGCAAAGGUACAACUCAUGACGAGAAUGUCAAAGAGCGCAAGCAAGCUAGCCCGCUCAGCGUGCAGGAGUUGCUGAAGCUCCACUCCAUGGUGGAGGACCCCACGGACAUUUGGAAUGCCCUAUUUGCAGGGGCCGCAUUGUUGUGCUGCUACUGCAGGGGCAGGUGGGGCGACUUGAUGCGGAGCGAGAUGGCUUUCGUAGACUAUGACGAUACAGGUCACCCUGCAUUCCUGGAGACUCGGACAGGGAGGCACAAGACAAUGGCAGCUCAGAUGCAUCGGCAUCAGUUUCUUCCAAUGGUGGCUCCAGUCAGAGGGGUCAAUGGCAAGGACUGGGCUACACCAUGGAUCGAACUUCGCAGGUCAAAAGGUUUGACAUUCCCACCGGAAGGGCUGGUGAUGCCCGCUCCAGAUCAACAUGGGCAGGCCACCGAAAGGCCGCUAGAAUCCGGAGAGUGUGGAAAGUGGUUGCGGAAGUUGCUGGACGUUGCGCCCAUGUCAGAAAGCUCUGAUGGACGCCGAGUCAGCAGCCACAGCCUCAAAUGCACCAUGUUGUCAUUUGCAGCAAAGCGUGGAUUGCCAGUUCCUGACAGACUCAUGUUGGGGUAUCACUCAUCUAGCAUGCAGAUGUCUCUUGUGUACUCUAGGGAUGGAGCUGCUGCAAGCCUGUUGCUUUUAGAGCGUUUGAUUGAUGAAAUUGUCAAAGGGAAGUUCAGACCAGACAGUACCCGCAGUGGCCGCAUUGUCGAGUCACCCGAUGAGUUGCCGGGCGCCCAUCUCAGCCAUGUGAAAGUGGAAGUUGUCAAUUCGUCAGAUGAUGAUGCUGCAAGCAAUCAAGAUGUUGAGGUGGUAAACGCAAAGCAGUAUCACCUAUUUCAGCUGGGCUCCAACAACCAGCUGCAAAGAAGCAGUGCCAGGCUCACUCGAGUUGCUAGAGAAGCAGGGUUCCAUGGCUUAGCCAUUGACCAUUCUUCGAGCCGAUCAUGUGGCAUUGACAUUUGCAUUUUCGAGUUGGAAGAUCAGACUCAAGUAGAUGAGUUGUGCAAAUUUUUGAAAGAAGAAGCAGACAACAUUGCAGCAGUCUGGAUAGCACCAUCGUGCGGGACAGCAAGUCGUGCACGUGAGCGGAAGCUGCCCCAGCUCACACGUCUUGGGGUGGCGGAGCCAAUACCUCUCAGGUCCAAAUCCCAGCCUGACCAAAUUGAUGGGCUGGAGGGUACAAACAAGUUGAAGGUCGAGAAGGCCAACAUGUUGUACGAUGCUGUUGAACAGAUUGCACAAACUUCGUGCAAGGCUCAGAUUUUCACUGCAAUCGAAAACCCAGGCAAUAGUCAUUACUGGGGAACCACACCCAUGCUGAACCUCGUGGAGCAAUUUGGUGACCAAUAUGUCAGCUUCCACAACUGCUGCCACGGUGGUGAACGUGACAAGCUUACGUCUGUUUGGGUGUGUGCAGAUUGGCUGGACAGUCUCAAUGCAAGGAGCCAAGGUAAAGCCGCUGGUUGCAGAGUUUGGUUCCUUUACAGCAGCAAUUGCACCCUUACAGCAGAGCUGCCAGAUGAUGCCAUGGUUGAAUUGUGCUGGAUUGGUUUGCCAAGCGAUCCAGAUGAUUUUGUGCUGCGAGCUCUGAGAGCGGGACAUCCGCGCGGGAUGGACGUCCAUGUGGACGCAGCCAUGGCCUCAGUCGUGAAGGCCAACCUGGUCGACCCGCCUUUUUGUUUGGCCAAGAAAAGGGUUGAGGCGGAGUUGGAGCAAAACAGCAGUUGGGCUUGUGAAUCUUUGUUUUCUUUGCUUGGCAUGAGAUAUGCGACAGAAGGAAAGAAGUUCCUUCCGUUCGACAGCCUUUUCCGUACGUUGGGCCUGGAAGUGGACGUGUCUCAGUUCAGUGAUGGACGGGCGUUUGUGGGGCACACAGAAAGCAGGAAGGAGGAGCUGGGUGCUCAGCUGAAACAGGUGCUAUCCAAUGGAGCACUGAGUCCCAAAGAGGCCGAGAAGCUUCGAGGGAGGAUGAUCUUCUUUGAAGGCUUCACCUUCGGGAGGGUUGCCAACUCCAGCACCAAGACUUUGGGGCGUUUUUGUGGAAGCUCCAACAAGCCCAAACCUUUGGACGCUGAAAUGACCAGGGCACUAGGUUUUCUGCAGCGAAGGAUAAGCGAUGGCCGGCCGCUUGAAAUCCAGCGAAACUUACACAGUACAUGGCUGGUCUUCACAGAUGGCGCUUGCAAUCAAGAAGACAUGACAGGGUCGGUUGGUGGGGUCAUCUACGACCCAUCCGGCUCCUGUGCUUCUUUCUUUGGCGUACUGGCGAAACAGUGCGAGCAAGCUUGUUGGUGCAAUCGUUUGUUGAAAACGAGGCGGCACAACAACACCGUGUCUGGUUUGGCCGUGUACCGAGCCAUAGCAACCCUGCAGAUGCACCAAGUCGCCUGGAUCACAGUCAUGUCCUUGCAAAGGGCGCGAGCCAAACCAACAUUGAUUGGGAGAAGGUUUCACGCCACCUUGGACUUUGAACUGGGGCGGAUCUCGGAAGGUACAGAAACUUUCCCCGGUGUAAAACAGGUGCUGCUGUGUUGA